AUGUCCAAACGUGACGUUGUCCUCACCAAUGUUACCGUUGUGCAGCUACGGCGGCAUCCAUGCCCGGUAAUCAGAUCACCCCCACCUGCACCCAAAGCUGAGGAGCCACCACCCAAGGCUGAGGAGCCGCCACCACCGCCGCCACCGCCACCCCCAAUGGAGCCAGUCAAGUAUGAAGAGCCGGCACCAACCCCUCCUCCCACUCCCCCGCCACCCAAGAAGCCACCUAAGGAGCUGACAGUGGGCAUCAAUGGAUUUGGACGCAUUGGCCGGCUGGUUUUGCGAGUCUGCAUGGAGAAGGGCAUUAAGGUGGUGGCAGUGAAUGACCCAUUCAUUGACCCAGCGUACAUGGUAUACAUGUUCAAAUAUGACUCCACACAUGGUAGAUACAAAGGAAACGUGGAACAUAAGAAUGGACAACUACUUGUGGACAACCUUGAGAUCUGUGUAUACCAGUGCAAAGAACCCAGAGAAAUCCCCUGGCGGUCCCUGGGGUGUCCCUAUGUGGUGGAGGCUACAGGUGUGUACCUGUCAUUGGAGGCGGCUUCGGCACACAUCUCAGCUGGUGCCCAGCGUGUGCUGAUCACAGCGCCCUCCCCUGAUGCACCCAUGCUGGUCAUGGGUGUGAAUGAGAAGGACUAUGACCCUGGCUCUAUGACCAUUGUCAGCAAUGCAUCCUGUACCACCAACUGCCUGGCUCCUCUUGCCAAGGUUAUUCAUGACCGCUUUGGGAUCGUGGAAGGGCUGAUGACCACAGUCCACUCCUACACGGCCACUCAGAAGACAGUGGAUGGGCCAUCAAAGAAGGACUGGCGAGGUGGGCGAGGCGCUCACCAGAACAUCAUCCCAUCUUCCACCGGGGCUGCCAAAGCUGUAGGCAAGGUCAUCCCGGAGCUCAAAGGGAAGCUAACAGGAAUGGCAUUCCGGGUACCGACCCCAAAUGUAUCUGUUGUGGACUUGACCUGCCGCCUGGUGCAGCCUGCCUCCUAUGAGGCUAUCAAGGAUGCUGUGAAAGCGGCAGCCAAGGGGCCUUUGAAUGGCAUCCUUUCUUACACAGAAGAUGAGGUGGUCUCGACCGACUUUCUCGGCAAUUCCCAUUCAUCCAUUUUCGAUGCUAAAGCUGGAAUCGCCCUCAAUGACAACUUCGUGAAACUCAUUUCCUGGUACGACAAUGAAUAUGGCUACAGUCACCGAGUGGUGGACCUCCUCCGCUAUAUGUUCAGCAGAGAGAAGUAACGCAGAAGGCCCCUCCGCGUGCGCACCUCGCGUUCCUGCCAUUGGUUCCCCCUCAAUGUAGGAUGCGCGGCUCUCGCGCAGCUGCCAGCUCAAUAAUAAAAACCA